AUGGUUAACUUGUCAACAGUUUUGAUUCAUGGCGAUGACAAAGACAACAGGGUUACUGAUGUGGCGCCCCCAAUCAACGUCUCUACAACGUUCCGUUACGAUGAUGAUGACCUGAUUCCAUGGACAGAGCGUGAAAACCUGGACUUUAUGGAAAAGAAGCCCGUCUAUUCACGUCUAGCACAUCCAAACAGCACCAGGUUAGAGAGUGUCUUUUCAGAGAUCCUCGAUGGCUAUGCCGUCAUCUAUUCCUCUGGGUUAGCUGCAUUCUACGCCGCAAUGGUGCAUUACAAUCCGAAGAAGAUUUUCAUUGGCCAGAGCUACCAUGGCGUUCGUGCAAUUACGAACAUCUUGGCCCGUAAUUAUGACGUUAAACAAUAUCCUCUAGAAGAUAUCGAAAAAUAUGCUUCUGAGGGCGACAUUGUUCAUCUGGAAUCUCCUGUAAACCCGUAUGGUACAUCUUAUGAUAUUGAAAGUUUGGCUCACAGAGCUCAUACAAAAGGGGCCCUGUUGAUAGUGGAUUCCACAUUUGCAUCUCCGCCAUUGCAAUACGCAUGGAAUUUUGGCGCCGAUGUCGUCUUAUACUCUGCUACCAAGUACUUUGGUGGUCAUUCAGAUUUAUUGAGUGGUGUUCUUGUGGUUAAAGACGAAGCAGUUUCUCGACAACUGAAAGACGACAGAAUUUAUUUAGGUACAAACGUAGCGAAUUUAGAAAGUUUCAUGUUGUUACGGUCUCUUAGAACUUACGAAAUGAGAAUAACCAAGCAAUCAGAGAAUGCCACGAAACUGGUUAAAUUCUUGUCAGAUCAUCAAUCUGAAUUUGACAAAGUACUGAAAACGAUCUACCACUCAUCUCUACAAACUGAAGAGUUUGUCAAAAAGCAACUAGUGGGUGGGUAUGGUCCCGUUUUCGCCAUCAUUUUACACAACAAGGAACAAUGUAAACAAUUACCUCUCAAGUUAAAAUAUUUUCAUCACGCGACCUCGCUAGGUGGUAUUGAGUCCCUUGUGGAGUGGAGAGCAAUGACAGAUCCAUAUAUCGACCAAACUUUGAUAAGAGUCUCUGUGGGCUGUGAAUCUGCUGAAGACUUGAUUAAGGAUUUGUCUUCGGCAUUGAAGGAAUUACAGGAUACUGCUUGA